AUGGUCCAAGAACCUUCCAAAGUCGAUGUCCUCAUCGUCGGUGCUGGGCCCGCGGGGUGAGUAUUUUCGGAAAUACCUUAUACCGCAUACCUUUUUUUUCUUCCCGAUUGAUUUGAUGCGAAUUUUCUGACGUUGGGAUAGGCUUAUGGCUGCGGCUUGGAUGGCGAGAUGUGGUGUCAAUGCGCGGAUCAUUGAUAAAAGGGGGACGAAGAUUUUUAGUGGGUAUGUCUAUAUCUCUGAUCUGAAUAUAUCGGAAUGAAUGAAUGGAGGUAUUUUUGAUUUCAUGAGGAAAGGUUGGGAGUUGAAUAGAGGGAGAUUUUGUUGACUUAUUUCUUUUCUCUCGCUUAGACAGGCGGAUGGGCUUGCGCCGAGGACUUUGGAGGUGAGUUUUUACAUACCUUCCUCCCUUAAAUUCCACGUUGAGGUUCUUUUGAGGAGGAGAGUGAAGAAGGAUAGGAGGGGAAGAAGGCAGAUUAUUGAUAUGAUGUGAUUCCUUAGAUCUUCGAUUCCUUCGGCUUCGCAGACCGGGUUUGGAAGGAAAGUUUCCAUAUGAUUGAAUUCGGACUUUGGAAUCCGGAUGAAGAGGGGGUUCUCCGACGUGCGGACCGUCUGGCGUCUACGAUUCCUGAGCUGAGUCGGUUUCAGCCUGUGUUGUUGCAUCAGGGUACCCAACUCCAUACCCAUAUCCUCACUCCUACAAAGGAAUAUCUAGCCAGAUAACUAACGCUAGCCCAGGACGCAUCGAACGCUUCUUCCUCGACCACCUCCAAAAACACAGCUCCAUAAAAGUCGAGCGCGGCGUCCUCCCAGAAUCCCUAACCUUCGACGACUCCCUCGCCGAAGACGAGGAUGCGUAUCCCAUCCAAGUCACGCUUCAACACCUCUCCGAGGACGAAGCGAGACCUGAACAGAGUCUCGCCAAUGGCAAGGCGACCUCCGAUGGCCUGUUUAGAAGUAACCUCGCGGCCGACGAUACGGAUGAGUUGUUGGCGAAGGUGCAUGGUAAUGAACGCGCCGGGACGAGGGAGGUGGUUAAGGCGAGGUAUUUGGUGGGGUGUGAUGGCGCGCAUUCGUGGACUAGGAGGCAGUUGGGGUUGCAGUUGGAGGGGGAGCAGACGGAUCUUAUUUGGUGAGAAGUAUCCUUUUUUCUUUUAUAGAUUUGAGACUUGUGAUGGUUUUUGGUUUGAGGGUGGAUGAAGCUGAUUGAGUUAAAAGGGGUGUGUUGGAUAUCAUUCCCAUUACCGACUUUCGUAGGUGUUCUUAGUGAGAGGGGUAAAGGGAUGCGCUAGCUAAUGAUGGGAUAGCUGAUAUUCGGAUGGGCUGUUCGAUUCAUUCUGCUGAUUCGGGGAGUGUGAUGGUGAUUCCUAGAGAGAAGAAACUUGUUCGUCUCUAUAUCCAGUUGUCGACUGUAGAAGUUGGUGAUAAGGGGAAGGUAAGUUAUUCUGCCAUACAUCGUAUUACUUACAUUCAUUGACAUUUCACAGCUUGAUCGCACGAAUAUCACGCCAGAAAUGAUUCUUGAGUGUGCUCAGAAGAUAUUCGCGCCUUAUAAGUUGACUUAUUCACAUUGUAACUGGUGGUAUGAUAUAUUUCCAUUUCUCAAGUAUUGUUUCCAAUUUGAUGGUCAAGGACUCUCAAGGACUUCCCCCAUCCACCUCCCAAUUAAAAAUAAACCACCCACUAACCCCCCACAGGACAGCCUACCAAAUCGGCCAACGCGUCUGCCCCUCCUUCCACCGCUCCCACCGCAUCUUCCUCGCCGGCGACGCGGUCCACACGCACUCCCCCAAAGCCGGCCAAGGCAUGAACGUCAGCAUGCAAGACACCUACAACCUCGGCUGGAAGCUCGCCUCGGUCGUCAACGGGACUUGCAAACGCUCCCUCCUCGAAACCUACCAAUCCGAGCGUCGCCGCGUCGCUCAAGACCUCAUCGCCUUCGACCAUCAGCUCUCGCGCCUCUUCAGCGCUAAACCCGCGAAGGAAGGAGGUGACGAUCAUGAAGGCGUAGGCAUGGAUGUCUUUAAGGAUUUUCUGGAGAGGGGGCUUGUGUUUGGGAGUGGGACGGCGGUGGAGUAUGGGCCUAGUGUGGUGGUUGCGAAGGAAGGGGAUGUCGCGAAACACGGGGAUGGGACUAGGAUUUCGGUUGCGCGGCUGGCGGGUGGGGAGCGGCUGGUGGGCAAACCGUGGUUGGCGAGCGGAAUCAAAGUCGGUGUCCGCAUGCCCUCUUUUCAGGUCCUGAACCAGGCGGAUGCGAGACCCUGGCCGUUCCAGCAGCUUUUGCGGAGUGAUGGGCGCUUUCGCGUCGUGGUUUUUGCGGGGGAUGUGCUUAGCGAGGGGCAGAUGGGGAGGGUAAGGCGGCUGGGUGAGAGGCUUUUGGGGGUUUUGAGAAGCUUUACGAUGAAGGGGGGGGAUCUGUAUGAGGUUUUUGAUGUGCUGACGGUACACUCUGCGACCCGGACGGGGAUUGAGUUCUUGGAUUUUCCCGAGGCGUUGAGGCCGUUUGCUGGGGAGAUGGGGUGGGAUUAUGAUAAGAUCUUUGUGGAUGGGCCGAGUCAUUAUGAGGGGGAUGGGAGGGCUUAUGAGGGGUAUGGGGUUGGUCCUGAGGGGUGUUUGGUUGUGUUGAGACCGGAUCAGCAUGUUGGGUUUGUAAGUGAUCUUGAGGAUGUGGUGGGGGUUGAGAGAUAUUUUGGGGAGUUUAUGGUGAGGAGUUGA